CGCGGUAGCUGGUUGCCAUGCCGCCGCCGCUACUGUGCGUUCUGUUGACACCCGUCUCCCAGCAACCGGCCUCGCCGCCAGCCAAUGGGGACGCAGCCUGCGCUCUCCGCCUCCUCCCAGCGGUGCGCGGGUUUCGAGAGUUUGGGCGGGCCUGGAGAGCUGGGGGGCAACACGGGCACCCUGCUGGCUCGCAUCAGCUCCUUGUCGCCUGUCACCCCAGGUCCUUUUCUGCAGAGCUGCUGCCCAGCGCGUCAGCCCCCAGCCUGCACCGGUGCACGGGAUAGUUCCCUCCUCAGUGCAGGACUGCACUUGUCCUUGAACCUCGUGAGAUUUCUUUUGGCCCGAUCCUCCAAAGUGUCUAGGCCACUCUGAAUCCCUCCAACAUACCUGGUACUCCACCCAUCCCCAUUCCUGUCCCCACCCCUGUUUCCAUCCCAGCUCAAGGCCUCCCUGCCCAGGCCUGAGUCUCCCUCCUGGACGGACCUGAAUGUCGCCCUGUGGGCCCCUCCAUCCAGCCUGGCCCUGCUACCUGUUCAGCCUGGAGCAGGUGGAUGAAGGAGGGCAGGACCAUGGGGCGCAGGUAGGGGCCCAGGAGCUCAGCGAUGCUGAGGAGACAUCUGCAGAGGCCUCUGCUUCCUGCCACCCACACAUCCCCUUCCCAGCGAGCAGAGGGUGGCUGCAAGCCUUGACUCCCUCCUGUUUAACAGCCCUGCUCCCCGGUGAAGCUGAGAGCCCUGAAUUCAAAGCUGCCUCCGCCUCUUGCUGGGCAGACCACAUGCAUGUGUACGCUAGAGAGGUGCCAGCUGGCACGAAGCAAAUCCCCUGCACUGGGGAAAUGGAUUAAUUUGCAAGGAUAAUUAAAGAAGCUGGAUUCAUGCACAGGGCUGUAUUUUUAGCUCCGUGUUGUUGCUUUAUGGGUCAGCUUGUGGCUCCCCUGCUAACAAGCUUAAUAAUUAAUGCUUUGGGUUAAAUCCCACGUGCACUGGUGCGGGCCCGUGCCCUCCCUCAAGAGCACAGAUGCCACACAAGGAGCUGAGGUUGGUACAGCCUGCGUUCCCUCCUCUGCCCCUCAUGCCAGGGGGUGUAGGCAUUGAUCCCCUGGGGCACAGCUCUUACCCUUUACCCAUGUAACUGGAGCAGUGUUUCUGGCACAGACAGUUUGUGAUUCUAUCGCCCGUGUGAACUGAUGUGUGAGUGUCCACAUGGCUACUGCAUGCAGUCAGCUGCACGAGGGCCUGAGUGCAAGCUGUGGGUGGAGGGAGGGGCAGUGGCAGCCCUCUCCUGUCUUAGCCAUGUGGUGAGACCACUCAUCCAGGGACUAGCAGACCCAGGUUCUGAGCCCUCCUCACCCAGAGCCAGCAUUACCCAGAUGUGCCUGCACGGUGCUCCAGCCUCCAGGGCACAGGUUGGGCAUCAUGCAGGGCCUUCUCCAGCCGUGCUUCUGGAAAUGGCCCCUGAGCAGCUGGGAGAGGGAGAUGUGCAGGGAAGGAUAAAGUGUAGGAGCUGGAAGGUGUUUGUUUGCAGAGAUGGAUGUUCCUCUAGGACCCUUGGGGUCCAACCUGGACCUUUGCUCCCGGUGGGGUGGAGAGUGGCAGUGGCUCAGCCCCAGCAAGAGCUAUGAUUAGGAGUCUGGGUAAUGCCUGGCUGGUGGUUGGAGUGCUGUGCUGGGAAGUCAGACAGACAUGGCCUCACCCAGGCAGGGAGAGUCUCUUGCUUCUUGGGUGAGUGUCCCAACUGCUCAGCCUCAGGGCUAAAGCAUGCGAGGGCCCUGCUCCCCCUGUGCCAAGCCAGUAGGUCAUGGAUGCUUGUCUGCCUGCAGCAGGUGCUACAGGUGUCGCUGGCAUGGCAGGAGAGUGGCCCUUGGGGCAUGCAGGAGUAACAGACUUGUGGCCCUGAUGCUUGGAGCUCCAGCCACCCGCACAGCAGGGACUGGGCCUGCGCCGCACCUUGCUCCUGCCUAUCUCAGCAGUGUGGGAGGGGCAGACCCAUGACAGGGCAAAGGCCCCGGGUGCCUGUGGGGUGUGUGCUGGGCUGAGUGCUCACCUGGGUGGUGCAGCACCGGCUCGUUACACCCAACAGCUUGUCUACCUGCAGCUCGGCACCGGGACUGCAGCUUAUCAGUGUGAUUUUGGCUAUGCCCCCACAGCUGUCACCCCCAAAGUUGCCCACUGCCAGGGGCUGGAGUCAAACUGCAGGGCAGUGCCCACUGCAUGCAGAGCAGCAGCAGCAGGCAGGGCGCAUGGUGGGCAGUGGCUCAAGGUGAGGGAAGGGGAAGGUGAGGGGAUUUUAGGCCUGCCCAGAAUUAAGCUCCAAUAUCUGUAGCCCUUACACAAGAUGUGGGGGCUUCUGGCCCCCCAAAGCAAACAGCUUCCCCUGUCAGGAGUGGGGGGGAUGCAGGUCCAGGCCUGUGCCAACGUGCUUGGACAAGGCCAUUAAGCACUGGGAAAGGAAAGGAGCGUGCAUCAAUAAGGGAUUCUGGCAGGGGCAUGGAGCAGAGGACCCCCGCUACUCCCCUAGGCAGCAGGAGGAACUGGGCACUGAAGCAGGCAUCAGGGUGGCAAAGCACUCCCUGCAGAGCCUCCCUCCUGGUGAGGGCAGGGAGCAGGAUAAGAGGUCGGGGAGGCUGCAGCAGGGUGGUGCUUUCUAACCUGGGGGAGCAGUGACACCCUGUGGUCGCACGGGCCAGCUGCAGCCCCCAGAGUUGGAGGUGACAUUUCUGCCUCCUCCAGCGCGGCUCUCAGAUGCUGCAGGGCACAAGCCAGAGCAGGAUCAGGGCUGGGGCCCAUGGGUGAUGGGCACUGGGUUCCUGCACUUCUGGGAUCCUAGGUUGCUGGUACCUCAUGGCCCAUCUCUCUGGGCUGUGUCUCUGUGCUGCUGCCAGGCUGGGCAGGGAUGUCACCAGCAGCACCUGGGACUUAUAAGAACACAAGAACUGCCAGGUCCUGGGCUGGACCCUAGGUCCAUCUUGCCCAGUGUCCCGUGUCACACAGCGGCAGAGAGCAGAUGCUGGAAGUGAGAGUGACCAGGGUUUUUUCCCCAAUGUUCCUCUCCCACGUGCAGCCUCCAGCAUUUAAGGUCUGGGAUGGUCUGAUUCAGAGACUGUACCUCUAACUUCCAGGCUCAAUAGCUGCUGAUGCCCCUUUCCCCCAAAGAUUUGCCCAAUUCCUUUUAGGAUCUCAGCAGACUCUCAGCUCCCACCGCAUCUGGUGGGAAUGAGCUCCUCAGCUGAAUUACAGGCCUGGUGAAAAAGAACUUCUUGUUGUUAGCUUUGAACUUUGUACCCAGCAGUCAGCAGGCGGUCCGCAGCAGCAAGGAGGCAGUACUCUGGAAGCCCCUGCUGCUGUUUCAGGUGACCGAGGAACCACUGACAGAGAAGGUGUCUAGGGGCUCAGCUCUUCUGCCUGCCGGAGGGUCCCCCACACAUCUGGGUCCUCCAUGCCGACCUCCAGCAACCCCAGAGAGCACAGAUUUGCAGUUGUCACCUGCCCACGGACUUCCAGAGGCACACAGCGCUGAGGGACUGAAAUGGCUUCUGACCAAAGACGCAUAGUGAGCGAAGGUGAUGUCACAGCCUUCAGUGUAUACCUGCACAACUACACUGCCGGCGAGCUGAGGCGGCUGAGUGAAUACUUCCUCCCAGAUUUAGUCUACAUCAUUGAGAACGAUGUUCGCGCUGUGCUGCAGGAGCUUUCCAGCAGAGAGGUCCUCAUGGCGUGGCAGGCCCAGAGCUACGCUGCCUGGGAGAAGGACCAUGAUGCUGCCAGUGCUGCAGAGAAGCUGGUGGCUGAUCUUCUGGCUCAGGGCCAGGACGCAGGGCUGGGACUCUGGAAAUGCCUCUAUGCACUGCAGAGCCGGUGGUCGCACCCUAACCUCCAUGGGAUGGUGGAUGAAAUCCUUGAGAAUGGCCACAACCUGCUAAACGAAAUUCUCUUGAAUGAAUAUGGCUAUGUCCUGGACCCGGAGCUGACAGCUUGCCAGGAAGCACACAAAGCCCAGCUCCAUGAGAUGACAGGAGAUCUGAAGGAAAACGCAGCCCCAGGGCUCUCACAAGGACCGCAAAGCUUCCCCAUCUCCAGCCGCUAUGUGGAGAUAAAGGUGAUCUCAGACAGGGACUUCAAGAAGCAGAUUCACCACGAGCAUGAGGCGCUGGCAGCAGCUGGGGAGCUGAAUGAGUAUCGUCUCCAGAGGAGAACAAGGACAGCGCUGGAGCGCAUCACACCCGAUCGGCUCUUCCGCUGGUGCCCCCGGUCCCGGCGCGUGCCCCUCUCUGUCAUGGUGAGCGGGGUGGCCGGCGUGGGCAAGACCACGCUGGUGCAGAAGUUUGUCUUUGACUGGGCCACAGGCAAGCACUACCAGAAAUUCACCUUCGUUUUCUUCUUCAAGUUCCGGGACCUGGCGGAGGAGAAGGUGAGUCUGGAAUCGCUGCUCUGUAAAACGUACCCGAGGCUCCGAGCACAGCUUGGGAAAGUGCUGGGAGACCCAGAGAAGCUGCUUUUCAUCUUUGAUGGCUUGGAUGAGAGUAAAGGGGGCUUGAAGUUAACUGGAAGUGGGUCCGACGAGCUGUGCAGGACGCUGGGAGAUAUAAAACCAGCCUGGGUGCUCGUUGCCAGCCUGCUGAGACAGACUUUGCUGAAAGGGUGCUCUGUGCUACUAACCAGCCGUCCCCAAAAUCUGGCCAGCUUGGGGACAGGAGUCUUCCAGAGAGUGGCCAGUAUUGUGGGCUUCCUUGCGAAAGAGAGGGAGCGGUACUUCUCCAUGUUCUUUGUAGAUGAGAAAGUUUCCCAGGAGGCAUUCAGGUAUGUGAGGGACAGCCAGGUCCUGUACACGCUGUGCUACAACCCUUCCUACUGCUGGAUCACGUGCACAGCACUGAAGCCCUGCUUCGCAACCAGGGACGGGAAACCACCUCCAGCCCCAAAAACAGUGACCCAGCUCUUUGUGUGCUACAUCACCCACAUCUUGGCCAACCACAGCCUGGAGCAGCCGAAGCUUCAAGUGAUGCGAGAUGCCUUGACGCAGGUUGGCUGGCUGGCAGGCUACGGCAUCACAAACCGCAUCCUCGUCUUUGAUGACAACUACAUGCAGGCCUUCAAUGUGAAGUUCUACCCAUUCCUUACGGGCUUCCUGGCGGAGAACCCUAAAAGCCAGGCCCCUUCCCCGGUGACCUACUCCUUCCUUCACCUCACGGUGCAGGAGUUUCUUGCUGCCCUUGUGUACUACCUGGAUUACAACAAGGACAACUUAGCGGACAUGCUGGCUAGGGCCAGAGCUUGCAAAGAAGGGACAUACGAUAUCUUUCUUCGCUUCUUGGCUGGGCUCUCCCACCCUGCCACCAGGGCUCCCUUGGAGAGAUUCCUGGGGAAACUGUCUGCAGACGCAGCUCAUCAUGUCAUCAUGUGGCUCAGUGAGUUCAACUGCCAGGCGGUGCAGAGCUCAGCAGGGCCCGUGGGGCAGAGGAAGCUGAUGAAUGAGUUCACUUUGCUCUUUGAGUCCCGGAACAGGCAGCUGGUGUGUGAUGUGCUCGGCCUCAGUGUCUGCCUGGACUUCACCAAGUUCCACCUCAUGCUGGUGGAUUGCACAGUUCUUGGUUACAUCUUGAGCUGCUGUGAGGAGGUGGAGCGCCUUACCCUUAAUGCCUGCUUCAUCCAGGACACGGGCCUGGAGCAGCUCGGACCCGAGCUGCACAAGGUCAGGGAGCUCAGCCUCGUGGAUAAUGACCUGAAGGAUCCUUCAAUGAAGGUGAUUUGUGGUGCUCUGAAGCGGCCAGAUUGCAGGAUGGAGGCUUUGAGCCUCAAGGACAAUGCCUUCACCAGUGACUGCUGUGAAGACCUGGCCUUUGCUCUUAAGGAGAACCAGAGCCUGUUGAGCCUUGACCUUGGAAAAAACAAAGUGCUGGACAGUGGCCUUUCCUACCUGUGCCAGGCGUUUGAGGACCCACACUGCAGGAUGCAGAAGUUGCUCCUCCAGGGAACUGGUUUAUCCAACUUCUCCUGCCAGAUACUGUCCUGUGCUCUGGCCACGAAUACUAGCCUGCAGCACCUGAACCUGAGUUCCAAUAUGUUCACGGAUGAAUGCGCUGAAGAGAUGAGGCAACUUAUCCUGACCUGCCCCUACCUCAAGGAGAUCAGGCUGGGCUUCUGUGACUUUACCCCAGCGAUGGAAGAAAAUCUGAAAAAGCUUGCAGUUGAAGGGGUGAAGAUUUCCUUUUAAAGUGCACCGUGUUGGGCAGCAGGACAGUGUUUUCCCCUCAGUGACAGCAGGGCUGGUCAGACAGAUGAACCUGGGGAUGUCUGCUGCAGUGAUUCAUGAGCAGUCAUGGGGCCUAAUGGGAAGCUGCAGACAAGUACUGUUCCCUCCGGCACUGCCUUGCCCCUGCCCCAAGAAGGAGAAAUGUGCCUCUGAAUGGAUCAGAGCUUGAUUCGUACCGGUUUGAAUCAUACUGGCUCUGGGCUUGUUUGCCUAGAGCUCCACAUUGGUUUAGCCCGUAAGCCCACCUCACAUGGCUGUGCUGUCUUUGGUGAUGGCCGAAGAUCUGCAGAAUCUUUCUGCUCCUACAUUGCAUGAAGGAGUUGCACUUGAUCAGUGGCUUUGACUUCUUGGUGAUGCUUUUCUCCUUGGCCACUGCUGGCUUCGUAAUCACGGGUCUCAGCCAUCAGUACCUUUUGAGACACUACGUUCACAAUGAUCAUUGGCAGAGAUCCUGUACAGUGCAUCCCAGCAGUGAUUCUGAAUCUUCAUGGGCAUUCUUCAUGGACGUUUUAGAGCUGAUAAUAAAGAUUUUCUAAAGUCAGA